CACUUUACUUUCAGACCACAUAGUCAGAAGAAGCCAUCGAGCAAUCGCGUCGCGUGCGAGAGAAACGCCAAACAACAAAAGCAGCAGCAGCGUUACUUUGCUGCACCUGCCAUUGUCACUCUGUCUUUCUUCUCUUCUCUCCUUUUUUCACUUUUACCAAUUUAGCUCUUCCCCCUCCCCUCUCCAAAAUUUCACACAACAAUAAUCAUAACUUCAUGAAAUAGUUUUAACAAAAAAGAGAAAGAGAAGAAGUGAUAGAACCAACUUUUUCUCUUUUCUCUGCAGUGGUGGUGUUAAUUAAAUUCCAAUGGCUUCAGCAAGCGGAGCGGAGAAUUCCUCCGUCCCGCCGUCGCCGUUGCCGCCUCCGCCGCCGCCGCAAAUCCACACCUCGCGGACGAAGCUGAGCCACCACCACCACAACAACAACAACAACAACAACAACAACAUCGACUCCACGAGCAAGGCCAUCGCGCAGUACACGGAGGACGCGCGGCUCCACGCCGUCUUUGAGCAGUCCGGCGAGUCCGGGAGGUCCUUUGACUACUCCCAAUCAAUCCGCGUCACAUCGGAAUCCGUCCCGGAGCAGCAGAUAACGGCUUACCUUCUCAAAAUUCAGCGCGGCGGCUUCAUCCAGCCCUUCGGCUCCAUGAUCGCCGUCGACGAGCCCUCCUUCCGCAUCCUUGCCUACUCCGACAACGCCCGUGACAUGCUCGGCAUUACUCCACAGUCCGUCCCUUCGCUCGACGACAAGAACGACGCCGCCUUCGCGCUCGGAACCGAUAUCCGAACCCUCUUCACUCACUCCAGCGCCGUUCUCCUCGAAAAGGCCUUCUCCGCGCGCGAAAUUAGCCUCAUGAACCCUAUCUGGAUUCACUCCAGAACCUCCGGGAAGCCUUUCUAUGGAAUCCUCCACCGAAUUGACGUCGGAAUUGUCAUCGAUUUGGAGCCUGCGCGGACGGAGGAUCCUGCCCUCUCCAUCGCCGGAGCUGUCCAGUCGCAGAAGCUCGCGGUUCGCGCGAUUUCGCAGCUUCAAUCUCUCCCCGGUGGCGAUGUUAAGCUUCUUUGUGAUACUGUUGUUGAGAGUGUCAGGGAAUUGACAGGGUAUGAUAGGGUUAUGGUUUAUAGGUUUCAUGAGGAUGAGCAUGGGGAGGUUGUUGCUGAGACUAAGAGGCCUGAUUUGGAGCCUUACAUUGGAUUGCAUUAUCCCGCUACUGAUAUUCCUCAGGCUUCUAGGUUUUUGUUUAAGCAGAAUAGGGUUAGGAUGAUUGUGGAUUGUCAUGCUUCUGCUGUGAGGGUGGUGCAGGAUGAGGCUCUUGUGCAGCCUCUGUGUUUGGUUGGGUCCACGCUCAGGGCGCCUCACGGUUGCCAUGCUCAGUAUAUGGCUAACAUGGGCUCGACUGCGUCGUUGGUGAUGGCUGUUAUUAUCAAUGGGAAUGAUGAGGAAGGUGUUGGUGGCCGCACUUCGAUGAGGUUGUGGGGGCUUGUUGUUUGCCACCAUACCUCUGCUAGGUGUAUUCCUUUUCCCUUGAGGUAUGCUUGUGAGUUUCUGAUGCAGGCGUUUGGGCUGCAGUUGAACAUGGAGCUUCAGUUGGCCGCACAGUCGUUGGAGAAGCGGGUUUUGAGGACACAGACUCUGUUGUGUGAUAUGCUUCUCAGGGACUCUCCUACUGGCAUUGUAACUCAGAGUCCUAGUAUUAUGGACUUGGUGAAGUGUGACGGAGCUGCUCUUUAUUACCAAGGGAACUAUUAUCCGUUGGGUGUGACUCCAACUGAGGCUCAGAUAAGGGAUAUUAUUGAGUGGUUGUUGGCCUUUCAUAGAGAUUCGACUGGUUUGAGUACUGAUAGUCUGGCUGAUGCUGGCUAUCCUGGGGCUGCCUCGCUUGGGGAUGCAGUUUGUGGGAUGGCGGUUGCUUAUAUUACAGAGAAGGAUUUUCUUUUCUGGUUCAGGUCGCACACGGCGAAAGAGAUCAAAUGGGGUGGUGCAAAGCAUCAUCCUGAGGACAAGGAUGAUGGGCAGAGAAUGCAUCCCCGUUCUUCCUUCAAGGCAUUUUUAGAAGUGGUGAAAAGCCGUAGCUUGCCGUGGGAGAAUGCGGAAAUGGAUGCAAUUCACUCUUUGCAGCUUAUUCUGCGUGACUCGUUUAAAGAUGCUGAGCAUAGCAAUUCUAAGGCUGUUUUGGAUCCCCGUAUGUCGGAACUAGAGUUGCAAGGGGUCGAUGAACUAAGUUCUGUAGCCAGAGAGAUGGUUAGAUUGAUCGAAACAGCCACUGCUCCAAUAUUUGCUGUUGAUGUUGAUGGCCGCAUAAAUGGGUGGAAUGCAAAGGUUUCAGAAUUGACAGGACUCCCAGUUGAGGAGGCUAUGGGGAAGUCCUUGGUUCGCGAUCUUGUGUUUAAGGAGUCUGAAGAAACUGUGGACAAGCUUCUUUCUCGUGCUUUAAAAGGUGAAGAAGAUAAGAAUGUUGAGAUAAAAAUGAGGACGUUUGGCCCAGAACAUCAAAAUAAGGCAGUUUUUGUAGUGGUGAAUGCUUGCUCCAGCAAGGAUUAUACAAAUAAUGUAGUUGGAGUGUGCUUUGUUGGUCAGGAUGUUACUGGUCAAAAAAUUGUGAUGGACAAAUUCAUCAACAUACAAGGCGACUACAAGGCUAUUGUACAUAAUCCAAAUCCUUUGAUCCCUCCCAUUUUUGCAUCGGAUGAUAACACGUGUUGCUUAGAGUGGAACACUGCAAUGGAAAAGCUUACUGGUUGGAGCCGCGCGGAUGUCAUUGGAAAAAUGUUGGUGGGAGAGGUUUUCGGCAGUUGCUGUCAGUUGAAGGGUUCAGAUUCAAUAACAAAGUUCAUGAUUGUCUUACACAAUGCGCUUGGUGGACAUGAUACAGAUAGAUUCCCUUUUUCAUUUCUUGAUCGGUAUGGCAAGCAUGUGCAAGCUUUCCUGACUGCAAAUAAGAGGGUUAACAUGGAUGGUCAGAUCAUUGGGGCAUUUUGCUUUUUGCAAAUUGUGAGUCCGGAACUUCAACAGGCUCUGAAGGCACAGAGACAACAAGAGAAGAAUUCAUUUGCUAGGAUGAAAGAGUUAGCUUAUAUUUGUCAAGGAGUUAAGAAUCCUUUGAGUGGCAUACGCUUUACAAACUCUCUUUUGGAGGCUACAUGCUUGUCCAAUGAGCAAAAACAGUUUCUUGAGACUAGUGCUGCUUGUGAGAAGCAAAUGUUAAAGAUAAUACACGAUGUUGAUAUUGAAAGCAUUGAGGAUGGGUCCCUGGAGCUUGAAAAGGGGGAAUUCUUGCUUGGAAAUGUCAUAAAUGCAGUUGUUAGCCAAGUAAUGCUACUGUUAAGAGAAAGAAAUUUACAGUUGAUUCGUGAUAUUCCUGAAGAAAUCAAGACAUUGGCUGUUUAUGGUGAUCAAUUGAGGAUUCAACAAGUGUUGUCUGAUUUCUUAUUGAAUAUAGUGCGCUAUGCACCAUCUCCAGAUGGCUGGGUAGAGAUUCAUGUACAUCCAAGAAUAAAACAAAUCUCAGAUGGGCUCACUCUUCUCCAUGCUGAAUUUAGAAUGGUAUGUCCUGGUGAAGGUCUUCCUCCUGAAUUGAUUCAAAACAUGUUCAAUAACAGUGGGUGGGGGACUCAAGAAGGUUUAGGGCUGAGCAUGAGCAGGAAGAUUCUAAAGCUAAUGAACGGCGAAGUGCAGUAUAUCAGGGAGGCCCAACGGUGCUACUUCUAUGUUCUUCUUGAACUACCUGUGACACGGAGAAGCUCUAAAAAGUGUUAAAUAUGUAUUCUGUAGCUGUAAGAUUAAGUUUAAAGCCCUGGCACUGCCCCUCAUGCUGACCAUUAGAUAGUUUGUUGUCAUAGAUUAUGCUCUCACCUAACAAGGCAACUUAAGGGACAAGCGUUUGAACAAGCUGAUUUGGCAAGCUAUCCCAGUCACAUGUAAUUCUACCAAAUUGGACUGUUGUUUUGCACCUUGACAAAACUUGUUCGGUAAAGCAAGAGUGGCCAUUUAAUAUGUAGCUAAAUGUAACCUUAAAUCUUACUGAUAAAGUUAUGGCUGAGUAGAUGAAAUGAAGUUUUGCCAAUACGCACACAAGUGGAGUCUCCUGUGAAAAUUUUCAAGCAAAUGCUUACAUCAUUAGCAGCUGCAGUGAACUCCAAUCUAUAGUUGGAUUGAACUGCAUCCAUCUCCUGCACUGUUGUCUGUUCUGAUAGUAACUGCUUAUACCAAAUGCGUUCCCAAGUUGGCAAAUAAUUGUAAAAUCCUAGUCUCCAACAAGGUUUGCCCUCUGCAAUGUUGCUUUCCAACUCCACCCUUUUUUUUUUCAUCAUUGCCUGUAAAUCCCUUCCUACUCUGUAAUAAAAGCUGGGUUAUUUAUCCUGUAAUUUUUUAAAUUUCGUGAAAGCUAGCUUUUCUUCAAUAAAAAAAUGAAAUGCACUUAUCUUUCUGUA